AUGAAGCGGAUUUGGUUUAUUGGGCUGCUCUGUGCACUUUUAGCAUUCGGUGAGUAUCUGAGGAUGUGUUUUAUUAGCUAUUACCCGCAUUGCUAUUAACGGCGUCUAUCCAUACGAGCUAGCGUUCGAACUUGAUUUCCUUUAUUGCUAGCCAGGUUAGCCAGCUAGCCAACUGAAUCGCAAGCUUGUAUUUCACGCUAAUAGUUAGUUAUGGACACCACUAGGCCUUUUAUUUGUAAGAAUUUGGGGUUUUAUUCAUUGAUAUUGAUUCUAGGAGAUUUACUCCCUACUUCACACAUGUUUCUGGAAGUUUCCUUAUAAGCUAAGCAAACAUCCUUUUCCUAGCUACCAACCCUAGUCAGAUAGCGGUAACGUUACCCACUGAUAUUGUUUCUUAGCUGCUAACGUUACAAUGCUAGCCUUGGCUUGCUCAUCCUAGCUAGCGUAGCUAGUUUGCGAUAUCUGUAUUUCCUGUCAUUUUGGCUAACUAAGGAAUAAAGCUACGUUUAGCUAAGUAUAGCCCGUGACUGAAUUAAAACAUUUUAUGUACCAGGUGGAUUAGGCUACAUCACCUUUUUGAUUUGCGUGCGACUCUUUUUCUUUGAAACUCGUCAGGGUAGCUAGCAUUUUCAGAGUGUAACUUAAAGGAAAACUAUAUUUGGGUAUUUGUUUCAUUGGUUCAUUGUUUACAUAGUCCCAAAAUGUUUUGCUUGUCAGCACUCAAGUUUUCAAGAUAUGUAACUUUCAAAAUACAGAAGUCAUCCCUGUAUGAUGCAUUUUACAUCAUAUGAUGAUGCAUUUUGCGUUAUGACGCAAAAUGCAUCGUACGUGGAUUAUUUCUGUAUUUUGAAAGUUACAUAUCUUGAGAUUUUGAGUGCUGACAAGCAACACACUUUGGCAUUAUGUCAACAAUGGACUAAUAGUUUUUGGGUGGAAUUUGCCAUGAAUACGUUGCCUUUCAAAGAUACACCACCUGCUCUGCUAACUUCAGUGGUCUUUCUUUGCAGCAUCUGUGAGAGCAGAAGAUGACCUUGACAUCGACGGGACUGUGGAGGAUGAUCUGGGAAAGAGCAGAGAUGGAUCCAAGACAGAUGAUGAGGUGGUGCAGAGGUAGGUCAAAUACGAAGGAACUUAGAGGAACCAGACUGAGGGGUGGGUCUCAGCUUCAUUGCUGAUGUGUGUUUGGUAGUUGAUCAGCUCUGACACAAUUGUUUGGGAGGAACCUUAAAGUGAAACAUGACAAGUCUACAGGGGGGGGGGAAAGGUGACGGUCAGUUGCCGUUUACUUUAGUGAUGCACUUACCUGUUGAAUGUCACUGAUUUAUCUCUGUCUCUCUCUCUCUCUCUUCGUCCUCAGAGAGGAGGAGUCUAUCCAGCUGGACGGGCUGAACGCAGCUCAGAUCAAAGAGAUUAGAGAGAAGUCAGAGAAACAUGUCUUCCAGGCAGAGGUCAAUCGCAUGAUGAAGCUCAUCAUCAACUCACUCUACAAGAACAAGGAGGUGAGUGGUGGUAGGGUUGCAGGAUUCCGGGAAACUUCCCCAUACGUCCCUUGUCCUCCUUUGUGUUAGAUCUUGAGACGGUUAAUAUUAUCACUCCAGAUCGUAGAGUCAGUAGAAGUUGAGUCGAUCCAACCAUAACCAACCCAAAGAGGUUUGAGUCGAAGUAAGUCAACAAUAACCAUCCAGUCUGUUGUAGAUUUUCUUGAGGGAGUUGAUCUCCAACGCCUCUGAUGCUUUGGAUAAGAUCAGACUGAUGUCUCUGACCAAUGAGGACGCGCUGGCAGCCAACGAGGAGCUCACCAUCAAGAUCAAGGUGUGUUUCAUGGUCAUGUCCUCAAUCUCAAUUCCUCACACCUUUCUCAACCGUACUGGAGAAGGUCCAAGGUCCCUCCCGUUGGACCUUCUUCUCCAAUGUGUUUAGAAACUGUUAGGAGAGGAUACAAGGAAUCGGGGAAGUCUUGAAUUGGAGGGUAUCUUUUGAAAUAUAUUUGACUGAUCCAUUCCGCUUUGUAAGACAUGGAAAUCGUUCAUAAAAUACCAUUAGGACUUCUGAGCUCACCUAUUUUCUUAAUCUUCUCCUCCCCAGUCUGACAAGGAGAAAAACAUGCUCCACAUCACAGACACGGGCAUCGGCAUGACCAAAGACGACCUGGUUAGGAACCUGGGUACCAUCGCCAAGUCGGGCACCAGCGAGUUCCUGAACAAGAUGACGGAGGUUGAAAGUGAGGGCCAGUCCACCUCGGAGCUGAUUGGCCAGUUCGGCGUGGGCUUCUACUCCGCCUUCCUGGUUGCUGACAAGGUGAUCGUGUCUUCGAAGCACAACAACGGCACGCAGCACAUCUGGGAGUCCGACUCCAACGAGUUCAGCGUGAUCGAGGACCCCCGCGGAGACACCCUAGGAAGGGGCACCACUAUCACGUGAGUGCCUCAAUAAGAGUACAUUUAUGUUGACAUUUUAUUCAUUUAGCAGAUGCUAUCCAGAGUGACUUACUGUUAUCCAGAGUGACUUACUGUUGAUAGCUAGGUGAGACAACCACAUAUCAGUCAUACUAAAAACUGGCAGUCUAGACAGCCACAAGCAAACGCUCCUAGUAUUUGAACGUUUUUUGAAUACCAGGCUGUGGUAUUCAUACAGUGGCCAUGAAUUAAAUGAACUUGUGUAGCAUUAUAAGAUGAUACAGGAUAAAAGCCCUCAAUGAAAUCCAAAACACGAAGUACAUGGCCUUGAAUCAAUCUGUAUUUUGACUGACUCAUGUUUUGACAUUACCAAGGUUCUAACCGGUUGUCUUUUUUUGAUUGGUCCAGGUUGGUGAUGAAAGAGGAGGCUACAGACUACCUGGAGCUGGAGACAAUCAAGAACCUGGUCAGGAAGUACUCCCAGUUCAUCAAUUUCCCCAUCUACGUCUGGUCCAGCAAGGUAUUGGAGUGGAACUGUACCACUACUGCACUAUACUAUUUGUCCUGUACUCUCCUUCAUCUGCACUGAUAGCAAAAUAAUUUACAGGUGAAAACAAUGUGGUGAAAUCAAGCUUAUCAUACACUACCGGUCAAAAGUUUUAGAACACCUACUCAUUCAAGGGUGUUCCUUUUAUUUUUUACUAUUUUCUACAUUGUAGAAUAAUAGUGAAUACCUCAACUGUGAAAUGACACAUAUGGAAUCAUGUAGUAACCAAAAAAGUGUUCAAACAAGUCAAAAUAUAUUUCAUAUUUGAGAUUCUUCAAAUAGCCACCCUUUGACUUUGACAGCUUUGCACACACUUGGAAUUCUCUCAACCAGCUUCAUGAGGUAGUCACCUGGAAUGUAUUUCAAUUAACAGGUGUGCCUUAAAAGUUAAUUUGUGGAAUUUCUUUCCUCCUUAAUGCGUUUGGGCCAAUCAGUUGUGUUGUGACAAGGUUGGGGUGGUAUGCAGAAUAUAGCCCUAUUUGGUAAAAGUCCAUAUUAUGGCAAGAACAGCUCAAAUAAGCAAAGAGAAACAACAGUCCAUUACUUUAAGACAUGGUCAAUCAAUCUUGAACAUUUCAAGAACAUUGAAAGUUUCUUCAAGUGCAGUUGCAAAAACCAUCAAGCGCUAUGAUGAAACUGGCUCUCAUGAGGACCGCCACAGGAAUGGAAGACCGAGAGUUACCUCUGCUGCAGAGGAUAACUUCAUUAGAGUUACCAGCCUCAGAAAUUGCAGCCCAAAUAAUUGCUUCAGAGUUCAAGUAACAGACACAUCUCAACAUCAACUGUUCAUCUGAGACUGCGUGAAUCAGGCCUUCAUGGUCGAAUUGCUGCAAAGAAACCACUACUAAAGGACACCAAUAAAAAGAGACUUGCUUGGGCCAAGAAACAUGAGCAAUGGACAUUAGACCGGUAGAAAUUUGUCCUUUGGUCUGGUGUCCAAAUUGGAGAUUUUUGGUUCCAACCGCCAUGUCUUUGUGGGACGCGGUGUGGGUGACUGGAUUAUCUCCGCAUGUGUAGUUCCCACUGUGAAGCAUGGAGGAGGAGGUGUUAUGGUGGGGUGUGCUUUGCUGGUGACACUGUGAUUUAUUUCGAAUUCAAGGCACACUUAACCAGCAUGGCUACCACAGCAUUCUGCAGCAAUACGCCAUCCCAUCUGGUUUGGGCUUAGUGGAACUAUCAUUUGUUUUCAACAGGACAAUGACACAACACACCUCCAGGCUGUGUAAGGGCUAUUUUACCAAGGAGAGUGAUGGAGUGCUGCAUCAGAUGACCUGGCCUCCACAAUCCCCCGAACCUCAACCAAAUUGAUAUGGUUUGGGAUGAGUCGGACCGCAGAGUGAAGGAAAAGCAGCUAACAAGUGCUCAGCAUAUGUGGGAACUCCUUCAAGACUGUUGGAAAAGCAUUCCAGGUGAAGCUGGUUGAGAGAAUGCCAAGAGUAUGCAAAGCUGUCAUCAAGGCAAAGGGUGGCUAUUUGAAGAAUCUCACGUAAAAUAUAUUUUGAUUUGUUCAACACUUUUUUGGGGGGUUCUACAUGAUUCCAUAUGUGUUAUUUCAAAGGUUUGACUUCACUAUUAUUCUACAAUGUAGAAAAUAGUAAAAAUAAAGGAAAACCCUUGAAUGAGUAGGUGUUCCUAAAACUUGACCGGUAGUGUAUGAUAAAGGAGAGGACGGAUAUGAGGCAAGUUUGUCAAAGGCACAAACCAUGUUGCAAUGAGCUGUAGGAAUAACAUUUAGCCAUUUUCCUUUCUCCUCCCCCUUCUCAGACUGAGACUGUUGAGGAACCCAUCGACGAGGACGCUGAGGCAGAGGAGAAAGAAGCCACUGAGGAUGAGGUGGAGGUGGAGGAAGAGGAGGAGGAGGAGAAGGACAAGCCGAAGACCAAGAAGGUAAAAACAAACAGCUCGGCUGUUAAGGAGUUGUUUUAUUUUAGUUGUUUCCCAAAUCUCUCCUUCAGUUCCAUUUAUUUGAUCUAUUCCAAUGCUAACAUGUAUAAUACAACUUAGCCAUCAAUUGGUUUUGAUAAGUGUCUUUCUUUUACUUUUUAAAAAAACAACAACAACCAAAACCACUUCAUGCCUUUGGUCCAGGUUGAGAAGACUGUGUGGGACUGGGAGCUGAUGAACGACAUCAAGCCGAUCUGGACAAGACCAGCCAAAGAAGUAGAGGAGGACGAGUACAAGGCCUUCUACAAGACCUUCUCCAAGGUAUGCAGUCUGCACCUCCUCUCGAAGUUCCUUCCAGGGAGUUCUUCCCAGCCAACUUACCUCUUUUUGUUUGCUCUUUGGGGUCUAUGCUGUAAACUGUUGAUAUGAAACAGGCUUUAUAAAUACAUUUUGAUUUGGUGUUCUAAUUUGAUUUAUUUGUCGAUCUCCCCUCCAGGACACCGACGAGCCCCUGUCCCACAUCCACUUCACUGCCGAGGGUGAGGUCACCUUCAAGUCCAUCCUGUUUGUCCCCGCUGCCGCCCCCAGGGGCAUGUUCGACGAGUACGGAACCAAGAAGAACGACUUCAUCAAGCUGUUUGUCCGUAGAGUGUUCAUCACUGAUGACUUCAAUGACAUGAUGCCCAAAUACCUGAACUUUGUCAGGGGAGUGGUGAGUGAGGCUUACGUUACGUAACUGAUCUUCUAGGACAUGGCACAGCAGGGUUGGAUCAAUAAAGUGAAGGUUUGUUUUUUGAAUUGACUGAAUUAAAAAAGGAAUUGACCCCUGACCCUGCUGUACAGUUAAAUGAUUUUGUUCAUUUAAUAAUGUUAUUACUAUCUCUCUAAGGGAUUUAUGAUAAUUGUUUUGUUAGGUGGACUCUGAUGACCUGCCCCUGAACGUGUCCAGAGAAACCCUGCAGCAACACAAGCUGCUCAAGGUGAGCCUCUCUCUAAUUAGACCGUUUCGGUCAGUUUUCUGUUUGGCGCCUAAUGACGAUACGAUUGGAACACAAUGACUUAUCAUUUAACCAACUUGGAGAACGAUGGUGAGCUUAGUAACUAAAAGCCCCUCCCUCCAUCCAGGUGAUCCGUAAGAAGCUGGUGCGUAAGACCCUGGACAUGAUAAAGAAGAUCGCAGAGGAGCAGUACAACGAGAAGUUCUGGAAGGAGUUUGGCACCAACAUCAAGCUGGGUGUGAUCGAGGACCACUCCAACCGGACCCGGCUGGCCAAGCUGCUGCGCUUCCAGACCUCCAACAGCGACACGGUGCUGGCCAGCCUGGAGCAGUACGUGGAGCGGAUGAAGGACAAGCAGGACAAGAUCUACUUCAUGGCCGGGACCAGCCGCAAGGAGGUGGGUUGUUACGCUGUUUAGGCCACAUGGCCUGGUAUGGCGGUGGCCGUACGUAGAGGGGAUUGAGAAGCAGGACCGGAUAUACAUCAUGGCCAGGAUUAGCUGAAAGGAGGUGGGUGGAGUGGACCAUAAACUGGAUUAAUUGAAAUGCAAUCCUCUUCUGGAUUUUCCCUUGACUUUCCCUCCCUUUCUUACCUUAAACUCUUGACGUUUUCAAACAAGGUCAAGGUAAGGAAGAAGGUAACCUCUCUGAAAGCAUCUGAAAGUAACCUUUCAUUACACUUUCCCCCUGGAUGGUUGCAGAUCUGGAAGGUGUCAGCAAUAUAGUGACGUUGUAGGUUAAUGUUCCUCCUAACCCUAGUGUUCCCUUGUGUAAUGACCUCUCCCCCCCAGGCGGAGUCUUCUCCCUUCGUAGAGAGUCUGUUGAAGAAGGGUUAUGAGGUCAUCUAUCUGACAGAGCCAGUGGAUGAGUACUGUGUCCAGGCCUUGCCAGAGUUCGACGGCAAGCGCUUCCAGAACGUGGCCAAGGAGGGCAUCAAGUUUGACGAGAGUGACAAGGCCAAAGAGACAAGGGAGGCCCUUGAGAAGGAGUAUGAACCUCUCACCACCUGGAUGAAGGACAACGCCCUCAAGGACAAGGUAACAUGCAGAACAUGAAGGUCAGACUUCAGCCCACUCUGGGGGGAAAAAAAACAUGGCUUGUUUUUCCAGACUCUGAUUAAGUUUAGUCCUGGAUAAAAAAAUAAAAAAAACAUUCUCAAAGGAGAAUCUGGCCCUAAAAUGUUUUUGGAUUAAAUGGAAAAUUAUAUUGUGGAAAACCUUUUUAUCUAUUUUGCCAAUGUUCCCUUUUUUUCUCUUGUAGAUUGAGAAGGCCAUCCUGUCCCAGAGGCUGACCAAGUCCCCCUGUGCUCUUGUAGCCAGCCAGUACGGCUGGUCUGGUAACAUGGAAAGGAUCAUGAAGGCACAAGCCUACCAGACAGGGAAGGACAUCUCCACAAAGUGAGUGGUCUUUAGAAGUCUUCAGCUACAACACUUCCUCUCCUCUCCAUUUUUGCAUUAUGAAAGGAUCGAAAUGUUUCUCAUUAUGACUGAUUAAAAAAUAUAUAUAUAUGUAUUUCAAGAUCCUACUUGUGCUUCAGGUUUCCUAAUGUAGGCCUAAUGCUCUUUCUCUCUGUAUUUCCAGUUAUUAUGCAAGCCAGAAGAAAACAUUUGAAAUCAACCCAAAGCACCCUCUCAUCAAGGAGAUGCUGAAACGUGUUUCUGUAAGUAUUCACACAACCUACACACAGACAGUGUUACAUUUCUGUCAUACUUGAUUCUCAAGAGGGGCCAAUGAGGCUCAAGCUAGAGGAUGUCAUCUUUUGUCAGUUGAGUGAUGUUGACCGUACCUUGUGCUCAUCUGCAGUGCUGCUCGUGGCGAUGUCAUAUCGCUGAGUCUGUUUAAUUCUCAUCCCCUCUCCCCUGCAGACGGACGCCGAGGACCAGACGGCCUCAGACCUGGCCAUGGUGCUGUUUGAGACGGCCACGCUGCGUUCAGGCUACCAGCUCCAAGACACCAAGGCCUACGGAAACCGGAUCGAGCGCAUGCUGCGGCUCAGUAUGAAUGUGGACCUCGCCGAACAGGCAUGUCACAGCCCUGCACAAUAAGGACAUGAUAAACUCCUAAGUUCUGUAAAUGAGUAUUGUGGUGCUGUAGCCAAGAGUUCCCCUCCUCCAGUCCCCCCAACAGUACAUUAUUGUAGCCCCGGACAAGCACACCUGAUUCAACUUAACAUCCAAGCCCUCAAUGACUUGAAUCAGAUGUUUUUGUCUGGGGCUACAACAACAAGAACGUGUGCUGUUGGGGGAACUGGAGGACCGGAGUUGGGGAAACGCUGCUGUAGCUCAGGGGUUAUCCCACCUGUAUGAAAAAUAAAUGCAGUGUUACUCUGAUUUUUAAAUGCUGAGGACAAUAAAUCGAAUCAUGUGUUGCCCCGCCCCCUUGCAGGUUGAGGAGGAGCCGGAGGAGGAGCCGGAGGAGGAGCCUGAAGAGCCAGCGGAGGCUGAGGAAGAAGCUGAGGAGGAAAUUCCAGAUGAGGACGAAACGGUGAGUCUCUCAGAUCGCAUGAUGCAAUUCUUGACCUGUUUUGGGUAAUGACAUCUUCAUGUUGCGGUGUUCAUUCAUGGUUUUAUAGUUCAGAUAAUUUCCUUCCCAGGCACUAACGCCCAAAUGUCUGGUGGACCAACGUGUCAAACUUGGCUUUGGUUAGCCAAUACAGAGAUACUGAGAAACUCCCGGCGCAUAGUCAUUGUCUUAAUCUAUCAACCAAUCAUGUCCCACAACCCUAACCCUCCCUUGUAAGCGAGCUGCGCUUUGCAGUCGUGAUUCGCUAAAAUUAAACGACGACCAAUACUUUACUCAGUAAGGUCACUCCCACUAAGUCAAACUUUGAAUCGUUGAUGUACCAGGCUUAUAUGCACUGUGCACCAGAGGCGGCUGGUAGGAGGAGCUAUAGGAGGACAGGCUCAUUGUAAUGGCUGGAAUGGAAUAAUUGGUAGUGGAUUAAAAACAUCACACAUGGGAACCACAUGUUUGACUCUGUUCCAUUUAUUCCAUUCCAGCCAUUACAAAGAGCCCAUCCUCUAGCUCCUCCCACCAGCAUCAUCUGCUGUGGGCAAUAGCCUGAGGAAGAGGUUUUAGUUUGAAACUAGGGAUGAAACUUUUGAAUAUUCAAAAGUUUGCCGUGUUCUGCAUGAUUUUUUUUAGAUAAUGAUGGUCGAAAACUACAACUAACCUCCCUCCCUCUGUCCAACAGGCAACUGACAAAGAUGAAUUAUAAAGCACUGUAAAUGGGGGAGGGUGUAAUGAUGGACCAAUCCUGGAGCUGAGCCUCAACAAAGGCCAACCAAGUCAUAACUGGAAACCCAGACCGAAUUCCACUUCUGUUCAUGUUUGUCUCGCUCAUUAUCUGUGUGUUUUAGUUAAGAGAAACAAUAGUGAAAAGUAGUGUGAUUCAGUCUGGCUAGCCAC